AUGCAUCGUGCAAAUGUCUUUGUGAUCACUCUUGGACCGCAUGGGUCAAACCUGGAUGAUGUUCUGCUGUCCAUUUUGGACCUCCCAAAGCUGGAUAGGGGCAUGUCCCUUAAUAUCAAUGGCGAGGAAAAGCUGGUUAUGGCUUUUACGCUAGGAUAUAUUGGGGACAUGCCCCAGCAGAACACGAUAAUGCCGGGAUACUACGCCAGAAUGCAGCCAAGGGCUGCAGAAGCUGCUUGGCCUCGAAAUAGGAGUCUUGUUGUGCUUGCUUUUGCAUCGAUAGCCAAGUCGAAUGCAACCACUUGCGCAUGGAGGAUGAAGCCUGGACAGCACCAGGAUGCCGAGAAGGCAAUAUUUGAGGGCCGUAGCAUGUAUCGGGGGCUCUGCAAUGCUGCAUCUCUGGCUUCACAGAUGAAAGUUCGGAACCAAGGCAAGGGAAAAGGGAAAGGAGAACGCAUCUCUAACGCCAUCAAUUCAAUCGAGCAGUUGGUGCAACAAGAAUUCGAACUGGUUACCAGUAUGAUGGAUUUAAAAACAGCAUCAGGAUCCCUCAAUGAUUAUAUAAAAUGGCGCAGCCGGCCGAACGUCCACCAAGGAGCCCAUAUCAACGAUACAAUUGGGAGGUAUGGACAUAGUUUCAACUGCAAUGUUCUCCAUUGUGAGGACAAGCAUAAGCAUUUUAAGAAGUGGGCGGAGGCACUAAAUGGACGCUCAGUUGAGUGUUUUUUGAUGAUGCGCGAGUCAAUCAACACGACCAUUCGGCUCCUGCUCCAAGGAGCAUUCAAGUAUUCUGAGCCAGAGAUUUCAAGUCAGUUGAAAUCUCUCUACGAGAAAUACCCAAGUCUUAUGGGCCAGAUUAUGCCAUCUCCAGAGCAACCUGAUAAUGUCGAAGAGAUAACCCCAGGCAUAUUGGAAGAUGCAGCACAUAUCUGGCCAAGGGCAGUGAGAUGUGCUUCACAGGCCUACAUACAAAAUGACCUCGAUCUCCCAUUAUCUAUGAAGGGGAUCCCAGCACAGCAUCCAUUCAUUCGUCAGCUCCGGCAGGCAUAUACAAAAGACUAUCAGAUGCCGCAUAUAACAAAUCUGGGAACACAACCAAUUGAAUGGUUCUCCCAGCUUGGAUUUACAGAUCCAAUCUCCCAGCGCCGCAUUACUUUUGAGACUAGGAUCACAUUCUUUGUUCGUGGUAGCACCAUGUGUCGUUUUGACAUGGGCCUUGUUCAUGAGUGGGUACUAGGUGAGAAGCGGCUGUUUGUCCUUGUCACCGAGCUUGCAGAUUGCGGAGAGGAGGAUGAGCUGGUCAUGUUGCCGUUGGUAAGAAUCAAAAACUCAACACAGAUGAUUGUUGGUCUCCCAGGUAUUGGCACCAAGCCGGUUUAUAUCGUUGACACAGAUCCCACAAGAAGGAAUGAACCGGCGCCAUUUGGGAAGGGCGGCUUGAGAUUGAACACUACGGAAUACCACGCUGAGCAGUUAUCUUCGGCUGCUUUAAGUUAUUCAGCAAAGUUCAUUCAUUGUUGGUGGGAUGUAGGGCUGAUGUGA